GUCACUGCAGCACCUGGAGUCACUUUGUCCUUUUCAGCCAGGCCAUCUGCUUGGUCUUCUGACAAGAUGUGAGGUGUCACCUUUGUGCUGCACAGGCAAGACCAGAGAAAGAGAAAGUAGUAACUUGAUGCUGCUGCUGUCUCUAAGAUGCACUUUGGUUUCUCGUGACCUACUUCAGCUGGCUUCAGUCGCAGGGAAAGACCCCCGAAGGUUACCUGGAAGUGAGCCCCUCUCAGCCUUCUUUCCCAGAGGCCCCAAAAAGGCUGAGAGGAAAAGGAGAAUAUGAAAGUGUUACUCAGACUUGUUUGUUUCACAGCCCUACUGAUUUCUUCUCUGGAGGCUGAUAAAUGUGAAAACCAUGACAUAAAAAUAACUUUAGUUUCAUAUGCAAAUGAAAUUGAUGUUCGUUCUUGUAUGCUUGCCCCAUAUGUAAAAAAUGCCACUAUAGUUUGGUAUAAAAACGACAGCACAACACCUAUAUCUAUAGAGAGAGACUCCAGGAUUCAUCAGUACAAAGAAAAACUUUGGUUUGUUCCUGCUAUGGUGGAGGACUCAGGAUAUUACUAUUGUGCAGUAAGAAAUUCAACUUACUGCAUCAAAAUGAAAUUAACGGCAAAAUUUGAGAAGAAUGAGCCUGAUCUGUGCUCAGUUAUACACAAAAAUACACAAGCUGUAUAUGAGCAGAGGUUGCCUCUGGAGAGGUCUGGAUAUCUUGUGUGUCCUCAUGUGGAAUUUUUAGGACAUGAAAAUUAUGAGUUAUUCCCGAUGCAGUGGUAUAAGGAUUGCAAACCUCUGCUUCUUGACAAUGGAAACUUUGGUGGAGCAACAAAUAAACUAAUUAUAAGAAAUGUGCAAGCUGAACAUAAAGGGAACUAUACUUGCCGUGGAAUGUACAAGCACUUGGGACAGCAGUAUUUUGUCACUCGGGCUAUACGAUUUGUACCCCUGGCGAGAAAAUUACCCAGGCCUGUGUUUAUCAGUCCAGCCAACGAGACUGUGGAAGUGCACUUGGGAUCCCAGCUAAAAGUGACCUGUAAUGUAACUGGCCGAUGGGGUGAUAGUGUCCUCUGGAAGUGGAAUGGAUCAUUUAUCACUGAGAAUUAUACAGUUUGGAUAAAGGUAGACUAUAGUAUAACAAAGAAUCCUUCAAGCCCCAAAAGCUAUACAAUCAUUGCAGUGCUUAAUCUUUUAAAAGUACAACGUGAUUUUUAUCUAUAUCCAUUUUUCUGUGAAGCUAGAAAUUCACAUAGUAAGCAAACAGCCUAUAUCCAAUUAGCACAUCCAGUUCCUGAUUACCAGAAGAUCCUGAUUGGUAUUUUUGUCGUAUUAAUUGUAGUAAUCAUAUGCUCUAUUAUCAUCUAUAAAAUUUUUAAGGUUGACAUUAUACUUUGGUACAGAGAUUCUUGCUAUAAAUUUCUACCUAAAAAAGCAUCAGAUGGAAAGAUCUAUGAUGCUUACGUGCUAUAUCCAAAGAGCCUUGAGGAAGGAUCCACUUCCACUUCAGAUAAUUUUGUGUUUAAAGUCUUGCCAGAAGUUUUGGAAAAACAGUGUGGAUACAAGCUUUUUAUUUUUGGAAGGGAUGAUGAUGUCGGUGAAGACUUUGUCAAGGUCAUUAAUGAAAACAUAAUGAAAAGCAGAAGACUCAUUAUCAUUUUGGUUCAAGGAAUAAUAGGAUUUAAGUGGCUGGGGAAUUCCUCUGAAGAGCAGAUAGCAAUGUACAAUGCUCUCAUUAAGGAUGGAAUCAGAGUUCUCCUGCUGGAACUGGAGAAAAUCCAAGAUUAUGAGAAAAUGCCCGAAUCCAUUCAAUUCAUUAAACAGAAGCAAGGGGCUCUACGCUGGCCAGGGAACACUGGAGAGGAGACACAGUCUGUGAAGUCAAGGUUCUGGAAGAAGGUCAGGUACCACAUGCCAGUACAGCGGCGGCCACCUCCUUCCGAACAUCAGUUUCUGUCCCUGAUCCCAAGUCCAAAGUCCCAGAAGAGGCUGCCAAAGGACGUCCAUGUGCCUCGGGGGUAGCAGGGAGGAGAGGGGUCACCAUGCUUGGUGCUCCUGUGCCACAACAUGACUGCAUUGACUUGUAUGGUGACAGCAUAUACCUGUAGAGUCCCACAUCCCCCAGGUCACCUAAAAUUGUUAAGGGACAAAGAUGUGGUACCAGUAGCAAACCAAGACAAUUCAGAGUUCAGGUCUUGGAAAGUCCUUCUAUAAGGCAACAAAGGCCCUCUUUGAAAGUUUGAACUGCUGCAUAUUGGGGCAGAACAGCAAGUUAAAGAUGGUGCCAGAGAUUCUCAAGCAUUCACAGAUUUGAAGAGGUUGUUUGCAGGUUGAGGCGAGGGCUUUGGGCCGUCAGAGUCUGGUGGGUGAUGGUGGGGUCCUUAAAUGGUAUCUCUGGAGGAGUGCGGUGCUACAGGUAAAUUGACACUGAAACUUCAUGGAGGAGAAUUGAAGCAUCCAUGGAAACAUUCCGUUGGCUCUGCGUUUCCCUAUACAUCAAUGGCAGACAUUCAGUUUCCAGAUCUGGAUUUUAUUUUUUACAGACCUUUCAAACUAUUUUGGUGAAAGGGGAAAUUCAGGAAUCCCAGGGGUUUGAAAUAACCUUAGUUUUCCCUUUAAAAGAGAGAACUUUAAAAGCAAGAGAGAUGGAGAAUUGAUGCUUUCACCCUGCUUAAGUUCAUCAUUCCCUUCUGUUACCUGCUAUUCUGUUAUUUUGUUGAACUCGCUUGCAAAGUUCAACUUUCACGUUACUUCUAUCUUCUGUUCUGUCAUACAGUGUCCACAGAUAAACUAACCUUUUUAAAAAUGCCUUUCACAUAUAAUCUGAUGCUUUAUAAAACUCUCCUUCCAGCUCUUCCUUGUUUAGGAUUUAAAGCUCAGAUUUGUCAACAUUUUCACCUGGUUUCCUUACCCCAAUCUCAGCCCACAGCCUUUCCCUUGGUCCUGUGUCUUCUCUCUCUACCUCCGGGGAUCCUCCAUCCUGCUUCUCUUGCCUAUCUCUUCAACUAGAUGCCUUCUAGAAAGUUCCCCAGUCAACCUGAAUUUAACUAAAAUUCGUAGUCGACUCUAGCUGUAUUUCGUUGCUGCUAGCUCUCUCAUCUCAGUCUUGUUCUAUUACAUCAACCAUCAAAGAGAAGGUUAGUUAUUUUUACUUCAGAUCAGAGGUAACAGCCUGGUAUCUGAGAUUCCUUUAUAAGAAUUUGUACAGCUGACAGGUUUGUAUAGUGCCUUAAAGGUAUUUAAAAAUACCCACAGAUGAUCACAUUUGUUUUUCUCAAGGAUUCUGUAAUUUUGUAGAUGCUUUAAAAAUUAUGUUAGUUCUGGGAUUCCUAAGACUGGCAUCUAUGAUGUUGUCAUCCAGCCUAGUUUUCAAGAUAAUUGGUGUCAUGUAAAAACUGUCCCCUUUCAUUCUAUGCUGACCUUUUCUGUAAAGAAAUUAUUGUUUUCUAGCAAUGUGGCUGAGACUAGUAAUACUUUUAUUUAAGAAACCAGUUCCAAAUUUUGAAUGUCAAUAUUUAUAAAACCUUUAUCUUAGGAAAAAUAUUCUUUCAUCUAUUUCUUUCCUAAAGGAAAAUAAGUCUUGGUAAGCCAAAAAUGAAGAAAUACAGGUGUAAUUUUUAAAAAAUUCAGAUCUUGAAAGACUUUUUUAGAACUUGAUGGUUGUCUUGGGAUAAUCAGAGGACCUCUGGCAAACAACCAGGCAGGUCUUCACAAAAUAUUUACUAGUGGACAUGUAUAUAAUUAAAAGUCAUAUGGACAUAGAAAGACUUUAAAAAAAGUUUAUGUCAUUCCUGGCAGUGCUCAGGGUUUAUUCCUGGCUCUGUGCUCAGAGAUCACUCCUGAAAGGACAUAGGGAACCAUAUGUUUAUCUGUCUAUUUUUUAAAAAUUAGUUUUAAUAUUCCAUGAGUGAGCACAAACCUUUCUUUGGUAUACUUCCCUCAAAAUAGUCAGAGUUAGACAAAGACAAAGUUGAAAUCCUUUGAAUUUUCUCUUUCUACUUGUUUUCCUUUGGAUUUUAUCUGAAACCACUGGAUAGCAAGAUUUUUUUUUUUUUGGAAGCUGCUGUCUUCAAAGAAAAUGCCUUAUUUGGGGUCUGGAGAGAACUCAAAGGGCAGAGUCGUCCUUGGCAUGCUGAAGGCCUCUUAAAUCCACGGCAUUGCAUGGUUCCUCAAGUACUGCUGGUGCCCCCACCCAAGCACAGAGCAUCCGUGUGUGGGCCAACACAACAACAGAGAAAAUGUGUCUUUUCAUUUGGCUGCCACCAAAGACUAUAGCUGGGAACCUGGGUAUUUGGUGAAAACUGACAUUCCUUCAUAAGAUCUAUCAGAUGUUUCAAACAUGAUCCUCUUUACUCUGUCAUCUUUGAGAUCUGUUUCCAUGCAUAAGGACAUUAAUGUCAAUUGGAAGUCAUAAUAAUUAAUGAAAUUGGCGAGAAAGUAAGGAGGGGUGGGGGCCGAUCAAGAAUCCCAAGUGGCAUUGCACUUGGAAUUUAGGGAGGGGCAAGAGAAAAAUUUAGCCUGAAUGGAGCAUAAUUCCCAAAAGGAAAGUAAAAAAUGUCCCUUACUCUGUGACUCCCCAUCCUCAGAGAAGAGGGCUCCAAAGAAAUGAGGUACAUUCCUAAUUCUUACAAUUUUCUUUGCCUACGCUUCAACCCCAAACCUUUUUAAGCUCUUAAAAAAGAAAGUGUCUUUCCCACUAAUCAGAUUUUAAUGCAUUAUUAAAGCCAAGUGUUGAGGAAAGUUUGCACAGGACUGAAGUAUGCAAAUUUUCCUCAAUACUUUCCACAAUAGAUUGCCACCUACUUAAACUGACUUGACAGAAAUUAUAUUUUCCUCCUCUUGCCUCAUGUUUGUAAUUAAAGGUAUUGAGCCAUUCUUUUUAUUGAGUUUUAAUAAAUUAUUUUUGUACGGGUUACAAAUGAAGGUUUUUAAAAAUUGUAUACUUCAACAAAUAUUUUUAUAUAGUAAAAUACCAAUAGUGUACAGUAUGUAUCUUUGGGUCACUGGACUGUACCUGUUUUUCAAUAAAAUUGUCUCACAUUGCU